AUGGCCAUGGCAAUCAGAGCAAUCCUUUCACUAUGUUACAUCACAAGUGUCGCGGCUUUGUUACCUCAACCAUUUUGUGCACAAGAUGCGCCUCCCUACCAAUCUGUUGCUAUGCACACCUUCAAUGCCAAAUUCCUUGACAAGCCUGAAAUGACUUAUCUAGUCUGUCGGGAUUUCUGUGCAGGCUCCGAAGCCUUUGGACUGACCUUUUCAAGCCAGUGCUUUUGUGCUGCCCCCGGACAAAGAAACCCAGCCGAGACAUGUGGCAACUACGAAGCUCUUGAAGUCUAUCAAAACUUUGCGAUACCACAGGCGAUAAAUGAGGGUUGCUUUCAAGACACCAGUGUAAGAGUACUGCGCCGAGCAUUCUUCAGCAGUCCCUCUAUGACACCUGACUUGUGCGUUACCUUCUGUGUUGGCCGGGGUUAUGAACUUGCAGGACUCGGUGAUGGCGGAAAGUGCUAUUGUGGUACAGCAGCCGACCCUGUCAAUUUACAAUCCAGCUCUGCGACCAAUUGCAACGCACCCUGUUCCGGGGACAGUUCUCAGACCUGUGGUGCGUCCUUUGCAUUGAACGUAUAUUCUGUGGACAGUCUCCCAAUUGUCACCUCGACAAGUAGCUCAGCUGCAAGCCCAAGUACGAGGAGCACUUCCGAGUCAGUAAUGAGUACUUCGAUGGUAACCACAUUGUCGAGCACAUAUGGACUCUGGUCGAGUAGUUCGACAUUAUCAGCUUUGCCGAGUACUUCUGCCAUACUUACCCUGUCAAGCAUAUCUGAACACUCAUCGAGCAGCUCAAUGCUAUCAAUCUCAUCAAGCACUGUCUCUACCAACUCAUUGAUCAGCAGCGAGAGCACUCUGUCUUCGUCUUCAACCAUUUCAAUCACAAUCAGUACAAGUCAUCCAAGCACAGUCCCUCAAGUACCAGCAGGUCCGACCACCGCCAUACCGUCAGUUCCAUCUAGCCUCGCACCAGUAUCAUCGAAAUCGUUCUUGCCUACAGAGGUACCCUCUUCGUCGAGCUCUUCUUGCGUGGUAGCCGAUGUUACUCUGCCUGUUGCUACUGCAACCACAACAUACCAGUUCUCUGCGUCCGGCAAGGCUCUCAUCUGCUCAGGGACUGUAGUCACCCUCGCUCCAUCUGCGACCUCCGCGCCAUCGCUCAUUACAAUUGAUAGCAACAGCGUACUUCGAUGUGAGGGCAAGCAAGCCUACCUCAACUCACAGUCGACCGCCGGCCCAACCUAUGACAUUGUGAUAUAUGCCCCUCCGGCUCCAGGAUGUCAGGGAAUAGUACCUGCCUUCUUUUCUUUUGCCUCCGGGAGUCUCACAGCACAAUUUACUCCACUAACGCGUCAACAGCGUCGUCAAAUGACCACUCUGGCGGUGGGCCUCGGGCCCGCGAAUAUUCUCGUAGCGGGACCCAAUUCGGCUCCCAUAACGGGCACUGCUAUUGGCAGUACUGGAGCUUUCACAGGAACGUCGAGUCUGAUUUCAGCUUCAGCGCAGGGGCCAUCUAUACCGAUCUCUGCAGCCGGGACUGCGACGGUCACGAGUACAGCGACUCUCACUGUUCCUGGCACGAUGCAGACCAUCAUUGCUGUUCAGAUCUUCAUCAAUGGUCUCCCCUUCUUGGGCCCUGGCUCUGGCGUCAGUGGUUUAGCUGCUGGACCUGGUCAAGUGACUGUGGUGGUCUCUAUUGGUAACGUUCUGGUGGCUGUCUCUGUUGAUGGCGUUGGCCCUAUUGGCGCAGCCAUCGUCUCUGGUGCCACUGCUUUGGGCGGUGUGGCACCAGUCAUUGUCAAUGUCGUCACGCUGGUUGCUCCUGUUGUUGUCGUCUCUGGUGGAUCUGCCGUCACGACUUUGACCACUGUUCAAGGCAGUGUGACUAUUACUGCUGGUGGCGUUGGACUUCUCCCUGGUACUGGCGCUGUCACGCUUGUGAAUGCGGCGCCUGCCGUGACUGUGGUUGCCACUCAGACCAUUGUGGUUCCUUCCGUCAAUGCUGCGGGCGUCACUGUGGUGCCAGCCGCUGGAGCUGCUGGUGUGCCUGCUGUCAUCGUGCCAGCGUCUGCCAUUCCUGUCAUCGCUGCUGCCAUUGUAACCCAUUCGGGCUCGACUUCAGCCACUCUACCUGCAUCGUCUGGUGCAGCAAAUAGACUUGUAUCCGUGGUGCUCACUAUGUUGAUGGCGGGCCUUGUGGUUGUUGCGUAG